UAUUAGAAUGGUAAAGGGAGGGAGUUAUCUCUCGCGCUCUACAGGUUACAUCAGCACCUCCCACCACUGAAGUCUUUGGCAGCGCCUCCCCAGUCAAUGAAAAUUGAGAUUCUACCCUUCAUCUUGUGUCUGAUCCGAGAAAAGACGUAGGAGACAUUGGUGGUAUUCUCGGGUAGAGAUUUUCAUCGACAAUGAUGCACAUCCAACCCAGGAUUAUCCAGGCUGUCAACAUAGUCUUCUCCUCUGGGGCCAUAGUCAUGAUGAUAGUUGGACUCAUCAUGGAAAACUGGGUGGAACUGAUUCCUAAAGUGAGAAAGGAUAAGAUUACCCACAGCCCGUGGCUGGGUUGCUGCCCUACUUUAUGGCCUGAAGAGAGCCUGAAGACAAUCAGGGGUAUGAUGAUGAUGUGUCUCAACGUUUCCAUAUAUCUCAAUUUGAUCUUAGGUCUGCAGUUCACCUAUAUGAUUUCUCAAAAUAAGUGUAUGCACCUCUUUAUUGGCUUCCUGAGUUUCUUCACAGGUUGCCUCAUGUUCUGUGCAAUCACUAUGUAUCAUUACAAGCUAAAUAAAGGUCAACGUACAUACUUUGUUCAUUAUAAGAUCAAGUGGAUCGUUUUCACUUCCUACUUAGCCAUCGCAUUCCUUUUUACUUGUGGUAUCUUCUGUUUCAUACAGUGCACAAACAGAUGUGCCUGCAUGAGAUUCUGUAUACCACAUGGAGAAAUUAGAGGAAGAAGGUUGUCUGGGAGUUCAAUCCAAGUUAUUUCACUUCCAGAGAGAACCACAAUGCCUCGAAGCAUUGUCCAUGUACACUCCAUAUCCUCAAAGGAGGGUAACAUGAACAAGCCACAUGUCCAAGCACGCCGUGUAACCUGGGCUCUAUGACUUAACAAUCUGUACAGUUCAGUGCUUCCUGCCCAUUGCCAUGAAAGCAGCUCUGUCUGUCUGUCUGUCUGUGUGUGUGUGUGUGUGUCCAAUUAUUUCAUCUGUGUAUGGCAUUAUGACUUCAUUGAGGUCAAUGAAAAGAUUCGGAAAAUGUCACUUUUUAAAUCUUGGUCUGGUAAACAAUUACUUUCCUCUAUAUUGGUUACUAAUACAAAAACUUUAAAUAAAUAG